AUGGCAGAUAAAAUAUCAAUCACUAUUUGUGGUGAUGGCGGUUGUGGUAAAUCUUCAAUUACCCUCCGUCUCGUAAGAUCGCAAUGGACUUCAGAGUACGAUCCAACCAUCGAGGAUUCAUACUCCGUCACCCGGACGAUAGACGGUCUCAAUUACUACCUCUCCCUUACCGAUACAGCUGGCCAGGAGGAAUAUCGGAGUCUGUGGGCUGCCUCCAAUCUGCAGUCGGAUGCUUUUCUAUUGGUCUACGAUAUCACAAAUUACAAUUCUCUCGAAGGUCUUCAGUGGUUUCUCGACAUGAUCGACAUCGAGGCAGAAAAUCGAAUCGAGGAAAACAACCGCUUGCUAAAAGAAAAGGGUGUCAAAGUUCGCGGCCGUCGUGAGCUUGGCUGGAAAUUCCCUCCCAUCAAAAUCAUUGCUGGAAACAAAUGCGAUCUGAAAGACGCUCGCGUGGUCAGCAGCAAAGUCGGCUGGGAAUAUGCAAAAAGCAAAGGUUGCGGUUUCAUGGAAACCAGUGCUCGUGAGAUGGUUAACAUUGAAGAGACUUUUGCCCUCAUCGUUCGCAGAGUCGUCGAGGCGAGAAGACAGCAUGGUGGUGCUGCUGACGCUGUCCCCCACCCUACACCGUUCGCAUCCAAAGGUCACACUCCCAAUGUUAGUGGUGCAGGAAUGUCAACAUACCAAAACCCUUCCUCCAUGCAACCUAACCAGCAAUUUUCAGCACCCAAUGCCUCUCAACCGAAUGAGAAGUCGGGUUUCGAACACGACGGGAACAGUUCACCUUGGUGGAAGAAGAUUUUCUGUUGUCGUUAA